AUGGUGAAGAAUCAUAUUGCCAUUGCAACACUUUUGUACUCGCCAGACUAUUUGCCCGGUGUACUGACGCUAGGUUACAGACUGAACACCAUUUUGCAAGAAGCUGUUGACUUCCCCAAAGUUUCAACAUGUUUGUUCGUCACGGAAGCGGUGUAUAACGACGCGCUGACGGACUUGUCCAGGAAUAUCCUACACUCGCUCUAUGAUGACGUUGUACACAUCAAGCACUUGGAUGGCAACUCAGAGAUCAUCGCUAAUAAUGACUAUAACUUGCAGUUGCUGAAGAGACCAGAGCUGGCUUACGCACUCAUUAAGGCGAGACUGUGGGAACAGAUACAGUAUGGCCAAAUAUUGUACUUGGAUGCAGACACACUCCCACUCAACGCGGGGCUUUUGGAUGUUUUCACUUUGACUGACGACCAAACGGCAUUGGAGAUUGGCGCAUCCCCGGAUAUCGGCUGGCCUGAUAUGUUUAACAGUGGUGUGAUGACAAUCGUCCCGCACGAGACUGUAGCCAAGGAUUUGCAGAAAUUUAUUUUAUCGGAGACUUCUAUUGAUGGGGCCGAUCAAGGUAUACUAAAUCAGUAUUUCAACAGAAACUGCAGGGAUUGGAAGAGGGAACCUAAUAACCCAAGGCAGUGGAUAGUGCUGCCCUUCCUUUACAAUGUAACAACACCAAACGUAGGUUAUCAAUGCCCACCGGCUAUGAGAUACUUCAAGAACCAGAUCAAAUUGAUCCAUUUCAUCGGUAAGAGCAAGCCUUGGAAGGCACUGACGAAUAAAACUUUUGUUUCAAACGAAUACACUAACUGGUGGUUCUCAAUCUAUAACGAGAUGUGUACGAAGUACACUAUUGGGAACUGCUUCAGUGCUGUACAAGAAAGACCCGGGGAGGAACAGUGCCCUCAACCGGAGGAAGAAUAUUACGAACAAGAUGAAAUCCCACAGCAGUACAGUUCACCUGUAAAAGCAACCGAUGACGGCGAUAAACAUGAACCAGAAUGUGCUCAGGAAAUGGAAGGGAAACCAUUUGUGGAGGAAGAGAGUAGAAGCGAGGAAGAAAAACCACGUACGCCGGUAUUUAUACCUUUGGAUUUCAAAGAAUGGCUAACGACGUUCAUCAAGAAGGAAGAUUUUGGCACUUCAGAGGAGCAGCACGUCACACCACCAGAUGCCACUGAAACACACCAUUUGGAGCAAGAUAUUCAAGCCUUGUCACUGGAUGAGUCAACGCAAGAAGAACCAUGCAUAGAAGAGGACAAACCAGCACAGUCGCAUGAACAGGCACAUAAAACGGAGGACACAUCUGCUGGAGAAGCGACACAGGACCAGCCAGAUCAAACAAUGGAAGAAGCGACACAGGACCAGCCAGAUCAAACAAUGGAAGAAGCAACACCCGAGGCUACCAAGGAACCAGUAACUCAUUCAAACUUCAGAUUUGACUGGGAAAGUUCAAAGUACUUGAAGAAAGUGGAAAGGAUAUUCCCAGAUGAUAUCUUCGAAUACGAAGUUGAUGAAGCCGAACAUGUACCUGAACCAAAACAUGUCACUAUAAGCGAUGACAACCUAAAUGACUGCCUCGAUGAGGAAAUUGCCGACUACUGUCUGCGAGAUUACAUAGACAUCGGGCACGAUGAAGACAACUCGGAAGAACAACACAAACGCAAAUUGGUUGAGCCGGGUGCGAUACAUGAUAAAAAGGACGUAGAGGAACAGGUACUAGAGGAGAAACAAAGUAGAUUCCAGUAA